GGUUGGGCGACUGCAGAACACAGUUCUCGUCUGAUGCCGCACAGUAUCGCGAUACGUCCAGUCAGCAGCGGCGCUCUCCUUCCCCUCAGCACCGCGGGUUCCAGGCAGAUUGAAUGAACGCACAGUGAGAAUCCACCGUAAAACCCGCACGAGAGAAUGGCUUCAGCCUUGGAGCAGUUCGUGAACAAUGUGCGGCAGCUGUCGGCUCAAGGUCAAAUGACGCAGCUGUGCGAGUUGAUCAACAAGAGCGGAGAGCUUCUGGCCAAGAAUCUAUCCCACCUGGACACGGUGUUAGGGGCGUUAGACAUCCAGCAGCAUUCUCUCGGAGUGCUAGCCGUACUGUUUGUGAAGCUUUCCAUGCCAAACAUCCCCGACUUUGAAACGUUAUUCUCCCAAGUUCAGCUCUUCAUCAGCACCUCCAACGGGGAACAGAUCCGACAUGCAACAGACACCUUUGCUGGCCUUUGUCACCAGCUGACGAAUGCUCUGGUUGAACGAAAACAGCCCUUACGGGGAAUUGCCGUAAUCAAACAGGCCAUCGAAAAAAUCCAGAUGAACUCAAACCAGCUCACUUCCAUGCAUGCAGACCUGUGUCAGCUGUGCUUGUUAGCGAAGUGUUUGAAGCCCGCCCUCCCAUUCCUCGAGCUGGACAUGACGGACAUCUGCAAGGAGAACGGCUCCUACGAAGCUAAGCACUUCAUGUGCUACUACUACUACGGUGGAAUGAUCUACACGGGCCUCAGGGACCUGGAGAGGGCACUGUAUUUCUACGAGCAGGCGAUCAGCACGCCCGCGAUGGCGGUCAGCCACAUCAUGCUGGAGGCCUAUAAGAAGAGGAUCCUGGUGUCGCUGGUCCUCCAGGGGAAGGUGCCUGCGCUGCCCAAGUACACCUCGCAGGUCGUGUGCCGCUUCGUCAAGCCUCUCAGUAACGCGUACCACGAGCUGGCGCAGGCGUACGCCACCAACGACCCCGCCGUGCUCCGCGGCCUGGUCAACAAGCACAGCGACCUCUUCACCCGGGACAACAACAUGGGCCUGGUCAAGCAGUGCUUGGCCUCCCUGUACAAGAAGAACAUCCAGAGGCUCACCAAGACGUUCCUCACGCUGUCCUUGCAAGACAUGGCGAGCCGAGUGCAGCUCAGCGGACCCCAGGAGGCAGAGAAAUACAUCCUGCACAUGAUCGAAAACGCCGAAAUCUACGCCAGCAUCAACCAGAAAGACGGUAUGGUCUGUUUCCACGACAACCCAGAAAAGUACAAUAACCCGGCAAUGCUCCACAAAACUGACCAGGAGAUGCUGAAGUGUAUCGAGUUGGACGAGAAGCUAAGGUCCAUGGACCAGGAGAUCACUGUCAACCCCCAGUUUGUACAGAAGAGUCUGGGAUCCCAAGAGGAUGAUGUAGGAAGCAAGACGUCAAGUUACUCCUGAAGUCACUGCUGAGGUCGGGAAGGAGUAGGGUGCCGUUUCGAGUUGGGUUCUUUCUGGAAGACCUUUUUAUUAGAAGGAAAGUUUAACCAAUGCUGUCUGGACAUUGUUCACGGAAAUAUAAAGGUGUGAAAUGAUACUUCUUUCACACAAUGUCAUGGGGAAUACUAAGGAAAAACUGUAUGUGUAUUUUAUUUAUCAGUGUUCAGAUUUAAGUACUAUUGCUUCACUUUACAAAUUAAAUGAAUUUGACUUCAUUCGUUUAACUAAUAAAAACCGGACGCGUUUGUUUAAAAACA